AGCAUCAGCAUCAGCAUCCUCAAAGAGAAAGACCUGCGAGCUCUUUACAAGCGCUGGAAACACGCAGUGCUUCUGCUGCUCUUGUGCUUUUUAUAGUGCAGCCCAGCACCGGGGAUCAUCAGAAGGGAGAGGACGGGCUUCUGGAUUAUAUCUCAGGUGCUUAUAGAUGAAUUCACAGGCGGUACCGAGCCGGUGAGACCCGAUUGUUAACCUGAACCAGACAGCGAUGUUGAUCAGGUUAUGAGUGCACUUACAGCUUGGUGAUCCACAGAUAAGCCAAUGAGAGGAUGGCCAGAGGUCACAUGAUCUACAGAAGCACCUACCAGCUGGUAUUACUGAUUCUACUGAGCGUGCUCCAGCUGGCACAUGCGCAAACUCCUCCUCAGUUCACUCGGACCCCCGUUGAUCAGAUAGGUGUUCAGGGGGGCGUGGCCUCCUUCGUAUGUCAAACCACAGGAGAUCCGCAGCCUAGAAUCACGUGGAGCAGAAAAGGCAAAAAAGUCACCAACCAGAGAUUCGAGGUGAUAGAGUUUGAGGAUGGUUCAGGGUCCGUGUUGCGAGUGCAGCCGCUGCGGACCCCCCGUGAUGAGGCUGUGUAUGAAUGUGUGGCAUCUAAUGAAGCAGGAGAGAUCAGUGCCUCCACACGGCUCAGCGUUCUCCGCGAGGACCAGCUUCCCGCUGGCUUCCCGUCUAUAGAUAUGGGCCCUCAGCUGAAGGUGGUGGAGCGUUCUCGCACCGCUACCAUGCUGUGUGCAGCCAGCGGAACACCUGACCCUGAGAUCACCUGGUUUAAAGAUUUCCUCCCCAUAGAUACACACACUCACGGGCGGAUCAAACAGCUACGCUCAGAGUCAUUUGGGGGUACACCUAUCCGAGGUGCACUUCAGAUUGAUCAGAGUGAAGAAACUGAUCAGGGUAAAUACGAGUGUGUCGCGACCAACAGCGAAGGAACACGCUACUCCGCACCAGCUAACCUUUACGUCAGAGAGUUAAGAGAUGUGCGUCGCAUCCCUCCUCGCUUCUCAGUGCCACCGAUGUGGUCUGCGGUUGUGAGAUCCCUUCCCAAUCCUCCAGGAGCUCCAGUUGUCAUGGAGCGAUCUGCCACCAGCAUUACUCUAAUGUGGGACAGUGGAAAUCCACUUCCUGUAUCAUAUUACAUCAUCCAGUAUCGUCCCGCCUCCUCCACCGACCCCUUUAAAGAAAUUGAUGCCAUAGCAACAACUCGUUACAGCGUGGGUGGUCUCAGCCCCUACUCACACUACCAUUUCCGGGUUAUGGCGGUGAAUUCGAUCGGCCGCAGCUCACCGAGUCAGACCGUGGAAGCUCGCACGGCCGAACAGGCGCCGAGUUCCCCUCCUCGUCGCGUCAGAGGUCGGAUGCUGAGUGGUUCCACGGCGAUGAUGCAGUGGGAGGAGCCAGAGGAAGCCAACGGUCAGGUGGUUGGUUACAGGGUGUAUUACACGUCAGAUUCGUCGCUGCCUGUGAGCCAAUGGGAGAAGGAAAUGGUUCGAGGGGCCAAUUUUUUGAACAUACAAGACCUGACACCGAACAAAACCUAUUAUAUUAGAGUUCUAGCCUUCACCGCAGUGGGAGAUGGACCUCUUUCCAGCGAUCUGCACAUCAUUGCCAAGACAGGAGUCCCAUCCCAACCCACAGAGCUGAAGGCAGAGGUGAAAUCAGAAACCAGCAUUCUUCUGUCGUGGAUCCCUCCUGCUCACAGCGGUACAGAUGCCAUCACUGGCUAUGAGCUCAUUUACAGGCUUGGAGACCAGCCGGAGCAGAAAAUAUCAUUUGAUCCCAGCUCCAGUUAUCUGCUGAAGAAUCUGAAGCCGUUUUCCACUUACAUAUUUCAACUAGCAGCGCGCAGUAAACACGGCCUAGGGGCGUUCACCAGUGAAAUCACAGUUCAGACUCCACAAACACAGUCCAUACCCCCUCCCCAGGAAGUUACAUGCGUAAGCCCCUCCUCCACAAGUCUAUUGCUCAGCUGGGCUCCACCCCUCACAGAUGAAAAUGGAAGCAUAACAGGAUACUCCAUCCGAUAUGUGGCUGUGGAACGGGAGAAAGAUCUCAUACAAAGGAUCUCAGACAUCCCAUCUACCUGUUUCCGGUACCGGAUAGAGGGGCUGAAGAAAGGGACCCUGUACUCAGUAACAGUUGCUGCCUACACUGACACAGGUCAAGGGCCCGAGAGCCUACCAAUAUUGAUCCGCACAGAGGAAGACGUGCCCAGCGCACCGCCACGGGGUGUGGAUGUGGUGGUCUUAAACACCACCUCUGCCAGAGUGUCAUGGAAACCUCCAGUUGCUGAGCGACAGCAUGGAAGGAUCCGUGGUUACCAGGUGACAUAUGCCAGACGAACAGCAGGGGAGAGAACAGUCUCUCCUAGAAUUAGGGAACUCCUACUGAGAGACCCACAGCAUCGCUGCCUCAACACACGAUUAAACCCACCCACUUCUCUAACCACCCAAUCAGAGUCCAUACCCCCUCCCCAGGAAGUUACAUGCGUAAGCCCCUCCUCCACAAGUCUAUUGCUCAGCUGGGCUCCACCCCUGACAGAUGAAAAUGCAGGCAUAACAGGAUACUCCAUCAGAUAUGUGGCAGUGGAACGGGAGAAAGACCCCGUACAGAGGAUCUCGGACAUCCCAUCUAACUGUUUCCGAUAUCGGAUUGAGGGGCUGAAGAAAGGGACCCUGUACUCAGUAACAGUUGCUGCCUACACUGACACAGGUCAAGGGCCCGAGAGCCUACCAAUAUUGAUCCGCACAGAGGAAGACGUGCCCAGCGCACCGCCACGGGGUGUGGAUGUGGUGGUCUUAAACGCCACCUCUGCCAGAGUGUCAUGGAAACCUCCAGUUGCUGAGCGACAGCAUGGAAGGAUCCGUGGUUACCAGGUGACAUAUGCCAGACGAACAGCAGGGGAGAGAACAGUCUCUCCUAGAAUUAGGGAACUCCUACUGAGAGACCCACAGCCACAGAACGACUCGAAACAAUAUGACCUGAUUUUGACCGAUUUGUGGCCGAACACUGAAUACUCUGUGACUGUGGCUGCGUUCAACUCAAAAGGCGAUGGAGCACGCAGCAAACCUACUGUCAUCAGAACUAAGCCAUCAUUGCCAGGUAUGCCCCUGCUUACAGUCGCACCAUUGGAGGAUGGUUCUGCUCUACUUAAAUGGCAGCCUCCCCCUGCUGGUCUGUCCCCUGUGCUGGGCUACAGGCUCUCAUAUGGCCAGGCUGACCCGACCUCAGACUCCUUCAUGGUGCAGGAGCUAGACGCUGAGAAACGCACCUACACCGUCACGUCUUUGAGCGCAGAGGUGCUGUACGUGUUCCGUCUUGCGGCCCGUACCAUAUGGGGUUACGGUUCAAGCGCUCAGGUCACACUUUUAACACCAAACGUGGUGCAAACAACUACAGAUGACAUGGUAACAGCCCCGGGGACAACAGAUGCUCAGAAUGUGAGCGUACAGGAAACCAUUCAAUUUUUGGCCAACUUAACGGCUGAAAGCAUCAACUCCUCAUCUGUGAUCCUGAGAUGGGAGCCACCAAAAAGCUCCGACCGGAUCCAAGGUUACCGCGUGUGGUUCGCUGUCACCUGUAGUAACGGCACAGACAUUGCCAUGGAAUCGGACGUUUCGGAGGCCACAGUGGUUCUAAAUGGCUUAAGGCCAAAUACUGAGUAUGUGGCGAGAGUGUGCGUGCUUAGCAAACACGGCCCUGGGCCCUAUAGUCUCCCCAUAUCCAUCAAAACACAACCAGCACAGGAAGUGUUUGCCUUGAACUUCAGAGUGAAAGCUGCUAUGAAGAGUUCAGUGCUGCUGAGCUGGGAGUCACGAACCACCAGUAAUAAAGCACAGUCUCUCAUUAUCUCAUAUGGUGAUGGUGAGAGUGUGGAGGUGGAUGGGCGGCUCGGGCAGAAGUUGGUGACUAAGCUGAAGCCACAGUCUCUCUAUACCUUCCUGUUGACCAGUAAAGCUGAUGGCACUGGAGGCCUGCAGCACCGCGCAGACGCCAUGACGGCUCCAAACCUGCUGACCAGGAAACCCCAGCUGCUGGACAAGACCAGCUCUCAGAGCAUCGCUACCCUGCAGCUGCCCACUGUCCAGGGACAGGCUAAUGUCAGGGGUUUCUACAUUGUGGUUGUCCCUCUGAAGAGGCAGAGAGGAGGAAACUUCCAGAAUUUAUGGAGUGAUCCAGAUGAGAUGAACAUUGAUGAGCUGCUGAGGGAGAUUAAUGGCACCGGUCACUCUGUGCGUCUGCGGAGGCAGGUGGAGGCAAAACCGUACAUCAGUGCUUAUUUGCAGAAUCUUCCAGCUGAAUUCAAACUAGGAGACGGACGUGUGUAUGGAGCAUUCAUGAACCGACCACUUGUAAAUGGACAGGAGUGUGUGUGCUUCGUGCUGGCUAUUCUUGAACUGGGCCAGAACACCUUGUACUCCACGAGUCCAUUCUCUGAUGCCGUGCUGUUCUCCGAUGUUGAGCCGCAGCCAAUCGUAGACGAGGAGGAGGGGCUUCUGUGGGUGGUGGGCCCAGUGCUGGCCGUCAUCUUCAUUAUUAGCAUUGUCAUCCUCAUCCUCCUCUUUAAAAGCAAACCAGACAGGAAGCGGGCAGAGCUGGAGGGCAGGAAGUGCAGCUUUCCCAGCAGCAGUAAAGCCAUGAGUUCCCAGCAUCCAUCUGACCCAGUGGAGCUCCGUAGAAUCAACUUCCCAACGGCUGGCAUGACCAGCCACCCUCCAGUGUCCUUCUCAGAACUGCCAGCUCACAUAGAAAGGAUGAAAGCCAAUGACAACCUGAGGUUCUCUCAAGAGUAUGAGUCUAUUGAUCCCGGGCAGCAGUUCUCAUGGGAACAUUCUAACCUUGAGAUAAACAAGCCAAAGAACAGAUACGCCAACGUCAUCGCCUACGACCACACCAGAGUAGCACUCUUCAACAGUGACGAUGUUCCAGGUGGUGACUACAUCAACGCCAACUUCAUAGAUGGGUACCGCCGACAGGGCGCUUACAUCGCCACGCAGGGCCCCUUGCCAGACACGUUUAGUGACUUGUGGAGGUUGGUGUGGGAACAACACACAGCAAAUAUCAUCAUGAUCACCAAACUUGAGGAGAAAUCCAGGAAUAAAUGUGAUCAGUACUGGCCCAGCAGAGGCACAGAGACAUACGGAUUGAUGCAAGUCACUUUACUGGACACGGUGGAGCUCGCAACCUACUGCGUCAGGACUUUUGCUCUUUUUAAGAGUGGGAGUGGCGAGAAAAGGGAGGUUCGUCAGUUCCAGUUUACAGCAUGGCCAGAUCAGGGGGUACCUGAACACCCCACUCCCUUCCUGGCCUUCCUCAGACGGGUCAAAGCCUGCAACCCCCCAGACGCCGGACCCAUUGUGGUCCACUGCAGUGCUGGUGUGGGCCGAACAGGCUGCUUCAUUGUGAUUGAUGCCAUGUUGGAGCGUGUGAAGCAGGAGAAGACGAUAGAUGUUUAUGGUCACGUGACUCUGAUGCGAUCUCAGCGAAACUACAUGGUGCAGACAGAGGAGCAGUACGUCUUUAUUUAUGAUGCCCUGCUGGAGGCUGUUUCCUGUGGCAACACAGAGGUUCCGGCACGGAACCUUUACGCCUACAUCCAGAGACUGUCACAGACGGAACCGCCGGAGCACAUCAGCGGAAUGGAGCAGGAGUUUAAACGGUUAGCUAAUGCCAAAGCUCAUAACUCCCGAUUCGUCAAUGCCAGCCUUCCGUGCAAUAAGUUCAAAAACCGAUUGGUCAAUAUCAUGCCAUAUGAGACCACACGUGUGUGUCUGCAACCAAUCAGAGGAGUGGAGGGCUCAGACUAUGUCAAUGGCAGUUUUGUAGAUGGCUACAGGCAACAGAGGGCGUAUAUUGCGACUCAGGGGCCGCUGGCUGAGACAGUUGAAGAUUACUGGCGGAUGCUUUGGGAACACAAUUCUACUAUAGUAGUUAUGCUUACUAAACUCCGAGAAAUGGGAAGGGAGAAAUGUCAUCAGUACUGGCCAUCUGACAGGUCAGCACGCUAUCAGUACUUCGUGGUGGAUCCAAUGGCGGAGUACAACAUGCCUCAGUAUAUACUGCGAGAGUUUAAAGUCACAGACGCAAGGGACGGUCAGUCUAGAACAGUCCGGCAGUUUCAGUUCACGGAUUGGCCAGAGCAGGGCGUGCCAAAAUCUGGUGAAGGCUUCAUUGAUUUCAUCGGUCAAGUGCACAAAACAAAAGAGCAGUUUGGUCAGGAUGGGCCCAUCACAGUACACUGCAGCGCUGGCGUUGGGAGGACAGGUGUAUUUAUCACUCUGAGUAUAGUGUUGGAGAGGAUGCGUUAUGAAGGAGUGGUCGACAUCUUCCAGACUGUCAAAAUGUUGCGCACUCAAAGACCAGCCAUGGUGCAGACGGAGGAGCAGUACCAGUUCUGCUAUCGUGCAGGGCUGGAAUACCUGGGCAGUUUUGAUCACUAUGCAACAUAAAACCUCCCCCUGGACCAAGGGCCACAUGAUCACACACCGAGACCUGCAUCUGAUCAAUCUGACAGCCUCUUUCUGUUGCCCACAGCUCAAGAGUCUGUUUGAUUUCUCUCGACAGCACAGAAUUUAAUAGCCAGACAGGGAGUGCAGCUGGGAUACAGAAUUGUCACAGCAAAUUGUAGGUCCAAUCAUAUAUCUGAAAGUUGUCAAGUCAUAUUUGGGGUGGAUUAAAACUCUGGCAACCAGCCAACAGAACCAAUGAAAUCGCAUGUGCUGUCUGGAACGAUUCAACAGACCAAUGAGAUGCCAAAAGCAAGGGAGGAGACAACAGUCAAACAAUUUGAUGGUACUUUUUACUUCUCAGAAUUCGUUUAACACCAGACCCCCCCCCCCC